CACCUUCAGGUCCUUUUACCGUUAAAACAAUGUGGUCGCGUGUGUGACGUCCUCUUUUCCCCGCCGUCAGAGGGACGUUUGGAAUUUUAAGUCCAACAUCCAUCGCAAGUCUACAAUGGCCGAGGAAGGCAUUGCUGCUGGAGGUGUGAUGGAUGUGAACACCGCCCUGCCCGAGGUGCUCAAGACCGCACUCAUCCACGAUGGACUCGCCCGUGGAAUUCGGGAGGCUGCCAAGGCUUUGGAUAAACGCCAGGCUCAUCUGUGCGUCCUCGCUGCCAACUGCGACGAGCCCAUGUACGUCAAGCUGGUGGAGGCCCUGUGCGCCGAGCAUCAGAUCAACCUCAUCAAGGUAGACGACAACAAGAAACUUGGUGAGUGGGUUGGUCUGUGCAAGAUUGACAGAGAGGGCAAACCCCGCAAGGUGGUGGGCUGCAGCUGUGUGGUCGUUAAGGACUACGGCAAAGAGUCUCAGGCCAAGGAUGUCAUCGAAGAGUACUUCAAGUCCAAGAAAUGAAGAACUAAAUAAAAGCCUUUUGAAAACA